GACAGCGGCAGGUAAAGCAAGGCUGCGAACUCCGAUCCUCGAGUCGAUUGCCAGCAGACAGUAUAAUCAUUAUUCCGUGCUUUGGAUGUUCAUUAAUACACCUCCAGUCCGUUUACUAUAAACUUGUGUUUAGUUGUGCCGUGUUUGCCUACGAACUUUCGUCGUGAAACAACACAGUUCAGUUGUUAUUCCUACACAGACUGAUUGUUGAUAUUUUUUGUGUGCGGUAGUGGCCUGAAAUGCAUCGAUAGUCUAGUUGACUCUACGUACAGUGUGUUUGAUAAUAAUAUUUAUAACGACCAGUGCUAUUAUAAUACAGGAACUGUUUCCCACUUCUGUGCAUAUAGGAACAUCAGGGUAAUGAGGAAGUAAUGUCCUAAUGGAAUACCGUUCAUUCAGGCUGACGGAUACGUUUUUUUCGACAAUACCAGUGCUCUUACGGGAUAGGAUUAGUUUAAUCAAGACAUCAGUAUAAUGUCGGGAUCACUAAUGAACAACGACGACCACAGGUUGAAUAGGGAGAGCGGAGAUGAUUCAGAGGACGAGAGCGAGAUCCUGGAGGAAAGUCCUUGCGGAAGAUGGCUAAAAAGGCGAGAAGAGGUAGAACAACGCGAUGUUCCCGGUAUCGACUCCGCCUUCCUGGCCAUGGACAUGGAAGAAGGUGUGGAAGUUGUCUGGAACGAGGUGCAGUUCUCCGAGAGGAAGAACUUCAAAAACCAGGAGGAAAAAAUACAGAGCGUGUUCGAAAACUUGACGCAGCUGGACCAUCCGAACAUCGUCAAGUUCCACCGCUACUGGACUGAUACGCAUAACGACAGACCCAGGGUUAUCUUCAUCACAGAAUAUAUGUCAUCUGGCUCUUUGAAACAAUUCCUGAAGCGCACCAAACGCAACGUCAAAAGAAUACCCCUACCCGCGUGGAGGAGAUGGUGCACUCAAAUCCUCUCAGCCUUAAGUUACUUGCAUUCCUGUACGCCGCCAAUCGUCCACGGCAAUCUGACCUGUGAUACCAUAUUUAUUCAACACAAUGGACUCGUCAAGAUAGGCUCAGUGGCGCCCGAGUCCAUCAACCAUCACGUGAAGACGUGCGCGGACGAGAUCAAGAAUUUGCAUUUUGUCGCCCCGGAGCAUCCGAACAUAAGCCCCGCGCUGGACAUCUACGCGUUCGGCAUGUGCGCCCUGGAAAUGGCCGCUUUGGAGAUCAUCGGCAACGGCGACUCCGGCAAGCGGGUGACCCAGGACAACGUGCGGCAGACUAUCGACCAGCUCGAGGAUCCCGAACAGCGAGACUUUAUCGAGAAGUGCCUGCAGAUCAACCCGGAGGACAGGUGGACGGCCAGGCAGUUGCUGUUCCACCCGUUGCUGUUCGAGGUGCACAGCCUCAAGUUGCUAGCGGCUACGGUGUUGGUCAAGAAUUCAGGUAAAAUAUCCAACAUAUCCGAGACCAUUACCGACGAACUGAUGCAAAGGUGGUACGGCCCGGAUGUGAUAGUGGCUGAGUUGACUCGAAACAGCGAACUGCAGCAAAUCAGAAUGACAGACGUCACUGUCAACGAAAAGCUGGAAAAGUUCGUCGAAGAUGUCAAAAACGGUAUCUAUCCACUGACGGCUUUCAGUGCCAAACAGGCUCCACUGGUCCGAUCCAGGGCCAUAUCACCGGAAAUGGCGGAAUCUGUCAAGUCCGUCACCCCGGAACCGACUGAUGUAGAAAAUAGGAAAAUAGUUAAUAUGAUGUGUGAUGUUAAGUCCAAAGAAGAAAGCUGUGAUUUAUUGUUGACAAUUGUUUUGCGUAUGGAUGACAAGAUGAAUAGGCAUUUAACUAGUUGUAUUUCUCCAAAAGAUAACCCUAAAAUACUUGCACAAGAAUUAGUACAUUACGGUUUUGUAAAUGAGGAGGAUCGUGAAAAGAUUGCUACACUGAUAGAAGAAACGUUACUGAAUACCUCAUCGGAUCAGAACAGUUCAACGACGAAUCAGGACAAUGAUAGCAAAAACGUAGCGAAUUCGAUAACAACCGUUCCAAACACCACACAACCGGCAAUGGUGACGUCGCUGGCGAACUCAGUGGCGUCCGCCAAGGUGCCGAUGCACACCACCAGUUAGUAACAGAGUGACGACGCGACCUCCUCCCAGGAGGCGCCUCCGUGCCGCCAAUGGAGCAGUCGCGUCCUUGCCACUUCUACUACUACUACUUCAACUACCCGUCGCCCUGAUAACGGCAACAGCGCAUUCGCGCCAGUCUCGAUGGACCAGUAACCCGUCUCCGCGCGAGACGAACAAAUAAACAGAGAAGAGAGUCGGCCGUCUUACACAGGGUCUUGUGAUAUUAAGAGAUAGAAGAAAUCGCGUUCUGUAUAAAUGAUAUAUACAUAUAAUAGAUAUAUUGGGGGUGAUAUAUAACAAAUAGUAUACAUAUAUAGACUUUUUCGAAAGAGUGAGAGCAAGAUAGAGAGAGAGAGAGAGAGAGAGGUACACUGACCAGUAUGAAAAACAAACACCUUAAAAUUUUCAUCUAAUUAAAAGUUCAAUAUAUUUUGUUAUAGUGGACCGAUUUUGAUGAUUUUUUAAGCAUUUUGAAGCUAGAUUAUUUGACUUUUCAGCCUCUUUUUUAUAUUAAAAAUUAAAGUCCCCAUCUGUCUAUUAUACGAGGGAAAACAAAACGUUGUUAUUUUGGCGAAAGUUUGAAACGCCUUGUAGAGUGUUUUAACAAUUUGAAGAAUUUAAAAAUUUCUUUUUCAUCAAGGAGCAUCAUUUCUCAAGAGUUUGUUUUUUGAUUCAUCUCGAUAGCUUUAUUUUUAUUGGAGAUAUUCGGUCUUGAAGAAGACAGUACCAAUUUACAGCAAUUUUAGCAUUAAAAACAUGUCUUUGCUUUUGGUCUUCAUUAACACACCUAAGAAAUAUAGUGUUUUUCUAACCCCACUAUCAUUGAAAAGUCAUUAUAUUAUUGUUUGUUGGCUGCAGUUACUCUGGCAGAGAUGGUUUUAAGUCCAGAAGUUGAUCUCUAUCAAUGCAACAAUAGUUGAUACAAGUUCUAGACUUCAAACCUUAAUCUCUACUAAUGUAACCUUCAACAAACAAUAAAAAAAUGACUUCAAUGAUAGUGACAGUAAAAAAACACAAAAAAACACUAUUUUAUAUGAGUGUUAAUGAGGGCCAAAAGAAAAGUCAUGCUUUUAGUGCUAAAAUUGUUAUUAAUUGUUACAAUCUUAUUCAAACGCAAAUAUCUCCAACAAAAAUAGAGCUAUUGAGAUGAAUCAAAAAACAAACUAUUGAGAAAAGAUGCACCUUCAUGAUAAAGUGCUUUUUAAAAUCCUUACUAUGUUAAAUCAUUCCACAGGGUGUUUCAAACUUUCGCCAAAAAAAACAACAUUUUAUUUUUCCUCGUAUUAUAGACAGAUGGAAACUUUAAUUUUUAUUUCAGAAAGAGGCUAAAAAAGUCAAAUGAUUUAGCUACAAAUUGGUUAAAAAUUCAUCAAAAUCGGCCCACUAAAACGAAAAAUAUUGAACUUUAAAGUAGAUGAAAAUUUUAAGGUGUCUGUUUUUUGUGCGGAGGUCAGUGUUGCUAAGGAGAGAAAGAUACUACUACGUUUUUUAAUUCGAGGUUAGUUUUAUUACGAAUGAAGACUGCGAAAAAAAUAUGCCGGACAUUGCGCUAGUCAUGCUGACCAUAAUAAUAUUGUUGUUGAUCUGUGAUUGGAGUUAAAAACGAUGCGCGCGGCUCUGGCGCACGACUGAGAUGUCAAAAAAGUAAACUAACCUCAAAAAUCGGUGAUUUUUGAGGUUAAGUUUGAUGGGGAUCGUGUCAACGCGACGUACUGUAUGCUAGAGAGUCACCGCAUCGAGGCGAAGUCGAGAAUUUGAUAGGAAUAUGAUUGAUUUAAUAUUUUGGAGGAGAUUUUACUUGAAUUUUGUUAAGAAAAUAUGGUUUAAAAUUGUAGUUUUUUAUAAAAAUCAUUUUUCGUCAGUAUUAUUGAUUUGUACAAACAGCAGUACACUAUUAUUUAUCCAACUUAACAACAGUCAAAAAAAGCCAGACUCCUGAAAAAAACGUGUUUUCUGAUGUAUCGAUCAUAAUAAUUUGUUAUUUAUCUAUAUAACAUUUUGUGAAUAAAUUAUUUUUACAAUUUCAUAUGCCAAACGUAGUAAAAAUUUAAGAAACAGCACAAUAUAGCAUAUUUUUGCACGUCCUAAGAAACAUUUUGGGUGCCACUGGAAAAAAAAUAGCUCCAGCGGCCAUAUUUUGACAUAUCUGUAAAAAAAGUUUGAUUGCCACUGGUUUAAUUAGUUCAAAUUAACCAUAUUUGUUCCUUAUAUACCAUUAAAUCUAGCAAAACUCGAAAUUUAACGCCAUUUCUACGUUUACCGUGACGUCUUUUUUUAUUCUUCAAAUUAGUUCAAAUGUACUAAACUUUUAAACGUGUGUUUUAAAGGUCCAGAGUGCAUUUCGAAGUCCAGUUUCAAUAAAAUACAGGGCGUGUGAAACUAACUCAGAGCGUUCAAAAUAUGUUUCCUAGGAUAGUAUAAAUGGGCAAAAUAUUUAAAAAAAACUUACAUCACUACGUUACGUUUGCAUUUUUCCUAUCAUAUUCUCGAUCUUCUUCGUACUAGAAAAGAAAUUUUUCAAAAAAAUUAAUAUAAAAUACAUUGAAGUGCCAUUUUUUUUCGGUUAGUUUCUCAAACGUUGUUUACACACACAUUAAUUUUUUAAUUUUAAGUUUUAAGGUUAUAUUAUUUAUAAGGAAAAUUUAUACUGAAUAAUAACACAUUUCUUUUUGAUAUAGUUUCAAGUAAUUUAUUUAAAAAAGACAUACACACACUACGGUAACCUUAGCCAGUCUUCCUUAACAUUUGUUUAAUUUUUUUCCUGUAUACUGGGUGUCAAAAAAAUAUUGCACAAACCGUUUUUUUUUUCGAUGAUUUUUAUCGAAUAAAUUUGAAAUUUGUCGUUUGCAAUCAAUAUGGCGGAGUUUUUAGGUUACCUAUAGCGAUGACGUCAAACCACAGACUGAAAUACCUUACGAUUUAAAAAAAACGGCGUCAGAGUAGGCUCGGAAAUGAAGAUUUCUGUCGUUUUAUAAGUAUAAAUGUAGAAAAUGUAAUCGAUUGUCAUUUCCAAGCCAACUUGACGGCGUUUUUUUUUCAAAAAGGAAUUUUGAACUGUUUCGUCCAAAUUUCAAAAUUAUUCGACAAAAAAAAACGAUCAAAUGGCGUUGACAUCCGGUAUAUAUCUAAUUUUAAUGAUUAAUACUCAAUGUUUCUCAAUUUUUUCUUUACCGUCCUUUAUUUUUUUGUUGUUCGCUUAGAGACUGAUUAAAAGGAAAUUUUAGGGAGAAAAACGUGAGUUCGUAGAAUUCGGACCAAUCAAAUCGACGUCUGUGUAGAUUGAGCUUAAAACACUAAACGCCUUACGUGUAGUCUCGGCUUUAGCAAUUUUUUAUAAGUAAAUUUAUUUUUUGUUAAAAGAUUAAAAAAAAAUAUAUUAGAGUAGUUUUAAACAAAAUCUUUUAACAAGGAAUGUCAAGUUAUUGUUCAGAAGAAAACUGUUUUUUUUUGUGUUUUUAUUUUUUAGUGUUUUAAGACUGAGAAUUAUGUUUAUUUUUUUUUAAUUUGGUUUUUUAGAAUAAAAAACAAACAGUAAAAAGAAAGAAAUGUGUAAGUUUAUAAAGGGUGGUUCCAAAAAAUUAAUUUUUUGAAAUAAAAAAAAAUUAGCAUUUAUUUUUUCCAAUUUUAAAUUAUUCGAGUAAUAAUUUUGAAAAAAAAAUAUUUUUUGGAGCUUCUUUUUUAGAUCAAUGCAAUCGAACUGUAAAGAGUUCUCAAGAUAUUAUAUUUUUGUCUAUAUUGUGAAUUUAAGUCAAAUCAAAAGUAAUAAUUUAAUAUAAUACGAUUAUUUUUUUUUUCGUUCUGUAGUUAUGUUAAUUAUUUAGUUUUAUAUUUUUAAUUUAAAAUUAUACGCUUCGAGAUAUAGGAUACUGUACUAGGUAUAAAUGUGUAUGUGUAUAGGAACUAUUACUUUUUGAUUUGAUGAAAUUAAAUAUGAAGACAUCUAUUAUUUCUAUGCCGCUUUUAUAUAAAAUUUUUAGGCAAAAUAAAAUUAAUAUUGUAAAUAAUUUAAUAAUUAAAAAAAGGAACUAUUCAUUAGCUGUACGAAAAUGUAGAUAUUAAAUUUUUUAUUGAAAAGAGAGACAGACAAAAAAAUCAAGAAAUAAAUUGUAGAAAAAAAUAAAAAAAACUAUUAUUUAUUUGUAAAGAAAAAUCGUCAGCAUUUCUUUUUUAUUUUCUUUUUAUUAUUCAAAGUGAUGAUAAGAUUCAGAAUUGAGAGUUACUUGAAGUAAGAAUCAUCCAAGUACUGCCAAAAUUUAUUUUUAAACAAGCUAAAAAGAGAACGAAGAAAGAAAAUAAAAAAUAAAACUAUUUGAAUUUUUUUCAGAGGUAUAUGAUCGCGGUUUAUUUAUAAGACAGUGUUUUUAGUGUGUUAAGUGCACAAAACGAGUAUAAUUGUCGUGUUAAGUUGGAUGAAAACACUAAUUAUAAAUAAAUAAAAAGCUAUACCAAAAGUAA